ACCAAUACAGUGUCGUCUGUUUUGUUUGUGUGGUUGACGAAACCUCAGACUGGCGUCAGCUCUGUUUUCGCCAUUAAAAUCCGGAGUUUUGGCCCUGAAUCGGAGCCAACGGACAGGUUAGGUAUGGGUGCCGGUCCGAGCAGCGAGGCGGAGCGGGAGCCGCUGCUGGUGCCGUCCUACGCGGCCACCAACAGCCCGGCGGUGAGCCGCGUGUACGGGCGGCGCUGGCUGGUGCUGAGUCUGUUCUCGCUGCUGGCGCUAAUGCAGGGCAUGGUGUGGAACUUCUGGGGGCCCAUUCAGAACUCUGCCGCUCACGCUUACGGGUUCACACAGUCCGACAUCGCGGUGCUGGUGCUGUGGGGCCCGGUGGGCUUCAUCCCCUGGCUGCUGUUCAUGUGGCUGAUGGAUAAGAAAGGUUUGCGGGCAUCCCUUCUCCUCUCCGCCUUCUUCAUGCUGCUAGGAGCGGCUCUACGCAGCAUCCCAGUGACCGACCAGCACCUCAGGCGAUGGCUGAUCCACGGAGGCCAGUUUCUUAACGGUUUAGCUGGGCCGACCAUAAUGAGCGCCGGGCCGUUCCUCUCCACCACGUGGUUCGCCCCCGACCAGAGGGCCACAGCGACGGCCGUGGCCUCCCUCUUCUCCUACCUGGGCGGCGCUACUUCCUUCGUCGUGGGCCCUCUCGUUGUUCCCGCUCCCAACGACUCCCAGCCCGCCACCACCAUGGCAGCAGCGGCGUCCGUUUUCAGCAGCUCCAUCCAGGACAGGAUCCAGCUGGUUAUGUAUGCAGAACUGGCUGCGAUUGCGGUGCUUUUUACAGCAGUGCUACUGUACUUCCCAUCACGCCCACCCAUGCCUCCCAGCGUGGCGGCUGCAAGCCAGAGACUCAGCUACCGGAGCAGCAUCUGCAGACUUCUCAGCAACCUGCGUUUCCUGAUGAUUGCUCUGGCCUACGCCGUCCCCACCGGAGUGAUCGCCGGCUGGUCCGGAGUUCUGGACAUGGUUCUGACGCCGGCUAAAGUCAGCCAGGUAGACGCAGGCUGGAUUGGUUUCUGGUCCACUGUCGGCGGAUGUGUGUUCGGAGUGGCAAUGGCCAGGUUUGCAGACUCCAUCCGUGGGAUGCUGAAGCUGAUCCUGGUGCUGAUGCUGGCGGGAGCCUCCCUGUCCUCCACCUGGUUCACUCUCACUUGUUUAAGUAGAGUUACACACCUCCCUUCCACUGCAGCCAUCUUGUACACCUCCUGCAUCCUGCUUGGGAUUUUUGUCAACAGCAGCGUGCCGAUAUUCUUCGAGCUGUUCAUCGAGACGGUGUACCCGGUCCCUGAAGGCAUCACCUGCGGAGUCGUCACCUUCCUGGGGAACCUGGUCACCGGCCUGCUCCUCUUCUUCCUCACCUUCUACUGCACCGAUCUGUCGUGGCUGAACUGGUGUCUGACGGGCUCCUGCCUCUUCAGCCUCAUCCUCAUCCUCUUCUUCAGGGAGUCCUACGACCGCCUCUAUCUGGACGUCUUCGUCUCCGUGUGACGCUGCCGGAGACCCGACGACACGAGGAAAUAACUGUUCUUG